AUGGUGCUUCUGAAGCAUGCGUCCAAGGGGCGAGCCAUUGUUAGUAGGGUGACCGGAGGAGGGAGGUCAACGUUCAGCGGGGGGCGCGACCAUGCGCUGGUUUCACGCAGAGAGAAUGCCCCCUCGUGUGGGGAAUCCUAUCUAAGGGAGUUCACCAACGGAGACAAAAUUGUGUACGACAAUGCGGAGGACCUGCUCAAAUUCUGCGACAGAAAAUUUAAGAAGUUUCGAUCCGAGCUAAACAUACUGACAUCAUCCAACAGGGAAUAUGUGCCCUACCACUUGUUUGACUUCUUCCUCUCCCCAGGAUCAUUCGAGGGGUUGCACGAAAAGUUGGCCCUCAAGGUGGAGCAGUUAAAGGAGGCACAAUCAGAUGUGCGGAAAAUCGGGAAAACAUGCCUCCAGGGGGAUAGCAGACUUUAUGGUGACAAUGUUGACGAUUAUUCCCUCUAUUUUUUGCCACACCUGCCCGAUCCGAUGGAAGGGGACGUGGAUCAGAGUGCAGGCCCCGAAGCAUGUGUGCAAGAAAAAAUAAUACAUUAUGGGGAGAAAAGUAAAAAUGUGAAGAAAGAAAACACAUUGUCGUUACUGCAAGUGAAACAAGUUAAGCACCUAGACAUGGAUUCGUAUAUUAAGUUAAGUUUACAGAGGAAUUUGCAAGUGAAAUAUUUAACAACAGUUCAAUACUGUUUAUUUCCACUGUUUGUAAAAAAUUACGACAUUUUAAUUCACUCCGUUAAAGGCACAGGGAAGACACUAUCGUACUGCCUCCCACUUGUCCACAAAAUAAUUGCACAGCUAGGUAAACUUAAGAGAGACUAUCCUCACUUGAAGGAAAACUACUUCCUUGCACUGAUUAUCUGUCCAAACAGAAUUCUCGUCGAACAAACAUAUGCAAUUUUGAAGAAAUUACUUAUGUACCAUCCAUAUGGAAUUAUAUGCCACUAUAUGCAUGGAAAAAAAAAUAUGAACAUGCAAGGUGAAAUUGAUGAACUAAAAAAAAAAAAACCACAUAUUAUUGUGAGCACUCCAGCUAGCUUGAUCAAUCAUAUGAAAUUCACCUCUUCCUUCAAAGACAUGUUUUUUUUAUGUGACACGAUCAUUGUGGACGAAGCAUAUUUCUUAUUAAAUUCAAAUUAUUUACACAACGUUUUAACAAUUAAGGAUGUUCUGCCCAAGGGCCAUCAAACUGUUUUACUAACCUGUCAUGUUAAUAAUUUUUUAAGGCACUUGGCCUUCAGAUUUUUACGCCUCAAUUAUGUGUACCUAAAUUUAGUGCACAACUGUGUGUAUGAUGAUGACACAUUUGAGGCUACGACUGGGGGGGGUAGGGACCCCCAGUGUCAUUACGCAGAAGAUGGAAGUGAAGAACGGAGCGGCCUUGUAAAUUUAACCAAUCGGGUCAACCCCCCAUUCCAACUGUACCACCGACUGAAUGCCCAACUACUUUCCCUCCACAAAAACAACAUACUGAACUGCUCCCAGCUAGAAAAGCUUUGGUACUGCAAAGACGCCAAGACGUUUUACGAUCACGUUAAUGCAUUCGAUGCGUACCUAGUAGGGGGCCCAGGCCAUCCAACAGAAGAGAAAAGCUUCAAUGAUGAGCAAUCAUCUCACACUGAGGUGCAUACUUCCUUGGAAGAUAAAACUACUGCAGAUGAACGCACAAAUGAAGAAGACCCUCUUGAACGAGAAUAUGAAACACUCCCUCCCAAAUAUGUGAAUAAAAAGGGUGAAGGAAAAAAGAGGGAAGAACACCUGGAAGAGCAAAAACAAAAACUCACUCUGAACCACAGUGAUUACAAUAACUACACACAAUUCAGCCGCACACACAUGAAUUAUGAAGAGAACAAAGGGAGAAAUAUCCCCACGCACAUAUUCCUAACACAAGAGUACUUAAUAUAUGAAUCGGACAAACUUGCCUUACUAAUUUUCAAUAUUCUUUGCAGAGAGCUCCUCUCAAGUGAUGGUAUAAAAAUAGUCGUCUUCAUGCCAACUGUAAAAAUGAUCCAGUUUUUUUACGUCAUUUUCAAGCACUACAUUUUUAAGGGUUAUCUGUGUUUGCUCUACCUGCGCGCAAAGCAAAGCACCCACGGGGGAUACUACACCAAUAUCAAGGGCGAUAACAACAGCUACGACAACGGGGGGUACGCUAAUUCGGACAGUUCCUGUGCUCACCCCCAGAGUAAUCACUACAAUAAGGGUCACGUUACCUUUUCAGUCUCCUCCACCCCCUUUGUUCUGACCCAUUCAGAACUGCACAGCAAAGCAGAGGGAGGAUCCGAAGGUAAGAAUGGUUCCAUAGACUUAGGGAUUAGCGCAACAGGCAGUUCUCACAAUAUGGAAAGCCCACAUUCAAACAGAGACAAAGAAAAUAGCGAAGAGAACAAUUGCAACCCUGCUGAUGAUAAUCACCAACGUGAGUACGAACUACUGAAGGAUGUCAUAUUCUCCUGCUUACACUCCAAAUUGAGUUUAGAUAAAAAAAUGUACACCCUGAACAGAUUUAACAACUCGGAGGGGAAGAGCAAACAAGUUUUAUUCGCCUCCUCCUUGUUGUGUCAAGGGAUAGAAGUAGACAAGGUGGACUUGGUAAUACAGGUAGGGGUGUGUACCACCGUUGAUGAAUACGUUAUGAGGACGAAUCUCGCCACAUCGAAAAACACCAAGGGGCGCAGCCUGCUCUUGUUAAACGAAUUAGAGGGACAUUAUUUGUUCACUCUUUACAAAAACAACAUUAUGAUUAGCUGUAUAAGCAGGAGCUAUUUGAGAGAUAUAUAUAAGGAUAAUCCUUUGUUGGAUGCUCUGUUGAAGUAUAAGCGCAGGGGAGUCACUAUGCCAACUGGAUGUAGCGAGGAUGACCAACGCUCAACGGAGCAAUUCGUUAAAGAUAGGGACAAGGACGACGAUGUAGGUGAAGAAUCGGGGGAAAAGGAUGCACACACAGGGGAAUUUUCCCCUCAUCAGGGGAGAAAAGAUCACGAUGCUUAUAACCUCCCACUGAGACACAUCGAAUGGCACAAGCAUGAGCACCUGCUCUGUUCAUGCGAGCUCAUGUACAGAUCACUCCUCGGUUUUUACUGUCAGCAAAACAAAUUUCUCAAGUAUGAAAAAUGGCAAGUACCAAGUUUAAUUAAAAGUAUGAUUUACUCCUUUGGCUAUUUUGAUAAUUUUUAUGUAACGAAAUCCAUGGCUGCGAGACUUCAAAUUUUAAAUGCACCUGACCUGUUCGUGAAGUUUAAUGCCACCCCGCGGAGUGUACUUAUGUCCGCGUUGCCAUCUUACAAGGGGUACAAGUCUCAAAUGGGUGAACUUUGGCGGAAAGGCCGCGUAGGUAAUCAGUUAAGCGAAGUAUCACCCUCUGGGGAGGACCCCUCAUUUGACACAGAACAGGAGGACGCCAACUUGGAAGGAAAAGCGAAAAGACGCGAAAGUGAUGAUUACGAAAGGCAUCCCCUGUAUUUCCCGAUUCGCACGUAUUUGUCCUGA